AUGUUGAGUGAGCUUCACAACACGAACGCAAUCAAUUAUUGGCUCACUGAAUGGACACGUUCUGGUGCACCUAUCCCGAAAGAAGUAGUGACUGGUGCUUCUAGGGCUCUUUUAUCAGCAACUAUUCGAGCCUUCACUACCUGCAAAUCAAUCGGAGAAUAUGCAGAUAGUUUAUGGCAGAAACCAUCUGCAUGUUACAUCCGGAUAGAUGUGGCUCAUUUUAUCAAAAUAUACGCAUCUUUGGUGAAGGACUUGCCUAGGCGCGUCCCAGUUUUCCAUUUAGGAUCCAUAGGUCAACUCAUCCUGUCUAAAUCAUUGAAGGAGGCUGAAAAGAUCUUGGGAUCCAUCUUGCUGGUAUCUCAAUGUAAGACUGAGGGAUACUUACCAUCUGGAGAACCUUGCAAAUCAGAGGCAGCAAAAUAUUCCUUGAAAGAAAUCAUCACAAGCUCAGAAGUUAUGAAGUUAACGGAAAUACCAGUUUACUUCAAGAAUCCCUUAAACGAUAAGGAGCACUACCAGCUGGUAGGACUUGUGAACUAUACUCCACCUCCACCCAAGAGAAAGUCUUCACAAAAUCAAGGAAUCGGCCAUUCAACAGCCUACUGCCUUCGAGGGGGUUAUCAGUGGGUGGAGUAUGAUGAUUCAAAGAAGAAUGAAAGGAAUAAAAAAUCCAAUGUAUUUGUGCAACCAGUUCUCCUGGUAUUUGUUAGAAAUAAAAUAUAA